ACAACCUGAGCGGUAGCGGCUGACCUGAGAUUUGAACUGACGAAUUGAAAGGAAUACAAGUAGAUAUUAGAGUUUGUUUGCGUCUAUGUGUUAGUGUGUCGAUUUCUUUUUUAUGUGUGCGCUACGUUUUUGUUAUUUUAGUUUAUCUAUGUCAAAUUUAUUUUAAACUAUUUCUAAAACCCAUAAACCCUAUUGACGGGUUAUUACGUGCCAUUUAAUAUUUGGAUUUUGCUGUCAUCUGCUUCGGAACAUUUCAUCUAGCAAUGGAGAAAUGGAUAUAUUUUGCUGUUUUGACAGUGGUGUUAGUAUGUUUGGUUCAUGCCCAUUGCCCAGCUGUGUGUGAAUGCCCUGUGGCUCAUCCAGUAUGCCCUGCAGGUGUGAGCUUGGUGUCAGAUGGCUGUUAUUGCAAGGUGUGUGCCGCCCAAUUGAACCAGGACUGCAAUACCCACAAGCCCUGUGACCUCCAUAAAGGAUUGGAAUGUAACUAUGGCAACGAUGUGACAUUUGGAACAGGCAUAUGUCGAGCCAAACGUGAGGGGCGCAGCUGUGAGUACAACGGAAAGGUGUACCAGAACAGUGAGGGCUUCCACGUAGGCUGCAAGCACCACUGCACAUGCAUCGACGGUGCUGUGGGCUGCACACCCCUCUGCACCACGAGUCUGCCUCUGGCGUCGGCUGCAUGCCCCUACCCCCGACUGGUGCGGGUGCCUGGCCAGUGCUGCUUCAGCCUGGACUGCCACACGGGGGCCAUAGGGCCACCGGAGCAAAGAUGGAAAAAGCAGCGAGCUAAAGGCCGGACAGAGAAGGGUGAGAACCUGCUGGGUAACGAGCUGUGGGACCUGACUCAAGGAUGGAUGUUUGCGCAGAAACACCUGCCAGACUGGAGCCGUUCUCAGAAGCAGUGUGUGGUCCAAAACACUGAUUGGUCACCAUGCUCAAGCACCUGUGGAAUGGGCUUAUCAUCCCGAAUAACCAAUGACAAUGCUCAGUGCAAGCUGGAAAGAGAGACCCGCCUAUGCAACAUUCGAACCUGCAGUUCACUGGCUAUUCCUCCCAAGAAAGGAAAGAAGUGUACGCGAACUCUCAAGACUUUGGAACCUAUCCACUUGUCUCAUGCAGGCUGCCAUAGUAUUUGCACCUACCAGCCAAACCACUGUGGGGUGUGUAUUGAUGGGCGUUGUUGCAUGCCGUGGCAUACCCGCACCAUCACUGUGCCCUUCCAAUGCCCAGGAGCAGGGCGAAUACACAAAGCAGUCAUGUUCAUCCAGUCUUGCAAGUGUGGACACGACUGUGGGCACCUGAAUGAGGCAGUCAUGCCACCACAAAAGUGGCUGUACAGAGACACACGCAAGUUUAUUGACUAGCUUGGUCUGCUUGACUAGUGAGGUCUGUGUUCAUCAGUAAUGGCUGCAAAAAUAUGCUACUUCAGGUGGCAUCAUUUGACUCUUUUGUAACGAGAGUGCACAACACAGCUGCACUGAGAAUGCAGAUGUAGAUUAACAAUGCUGAUUCCAAGGUAUGGGGAUGUACCUAAAAGAAAAUGUGGCCUGAUAGAUAUCUUUGGAUAUGCAUGGAAAAUCCCCGUUGUCUGCCUUGCUGGUUUCGGUGACAGGUCUGAUGAUGUCAGCAGAUAUGAAUGAAAUCUUUGAUUUGUUGCACAUAUAAAAUUCUGUAACUCUGAUAUCCUGUGUAUUAUUAAUAGCAAACUUUGUACAAGAACAAAAGUAUGUAUUUUCUAAAAUUACUUAGAUGCAUUUCCAGAAAUCCUAACCUUGUUCUUAAGACUCUUAAGGGCAAUUCAAAAUUGCCCAAAUAAGUUUUACCAACACCACCCAACGAUCCUAAAACAUGCAUUAUCCACAUAGUCAAAAUACACAAAGCAAGUAAUUUGCUACACUUGUCACCAAAUGGAAAGAACGUUUUUGGCAUUGUAAAUACUGCCACAAUAUAUAUUGAGUAUUUGCAACAACAACAACAACAAAAAGCCUAUGAAAUGUUGCAGACACAACUUAUGUGUGUGUGUGUGUGUGUGUGUGUGUGCAUGCAUGCUACUACUACCUUCCUACUAUUUAUAAUGUUAUUAAUAAUGUUGAGGGAUGCUAUUAUUUACAUAUACUUAUAAUGCGAGGCACAAUUACUACUAUAUUACUACUACUUAUAAUGCGAGGCACUAUUACUACUGUAUUACUACUAUUUAUAAUGCGAGGCACAAUUACUACUGUAUUACUCUACUAUUUAUAAUGUUAUUAAUAAUGUUGAGGGAUGCUAUUACUUAUAUAUACUUAUAAUGUGAGGCACAAUUACUACUGUAUUACUACUAUUUAUAAUGCAAGGCACAAUUACUACUACUUUACUAAUAUUUAUAAUGUGAGGAUCUAUUACUACAAAGUUACUACUAAUGUUUUGAUAUGUCAUUUAGAAAAUGAAGCUAGUAUUUUAUGAAAUGCGUUUAAGAAAUUGAGAAAAACUGUCAGUAGAAUAUCUAUUAUGAAAACAGAGUUAAUCAAAGAAUUCCUGUUAUACUGCAAAAGUGCAACAGACCCACCCACCUCUCCCCAGGAUUUACUGCUUGGGACAGGGGUGAUGUAGAUAGAGCAUGGACUACCAAAUGUCUUGGUUCCAAGACAUAAGCACUGCGUAAUUUUCUGUGUUCUCACUAUGCGUUUGCGAGUGUAGAUGCAAGCUCAGGACCUGCUGAGUUAUGUUUGGUGGGUUAUAGAUAGAGGCAGCUUGUUUUAGAUCAGAUACCAGAUUACUAAAAUGAGCCAGAGGGCAGGAGCAAAAAGAAACAGCUCUUUAUGCAGUUCAAGUUACAUUAAAUACAAGAUGGCAAGUGUGAA